UAGACGUUACGUUACGUUGUGAAUGGAUAAGGGUUAGAGAAUUUGUUGUCAUUAGAUAUUUUAAAGGCUGACCCAAACGGUGCGAUAGAAAAAGACACAUAAAAAAAUUAGGGCUUAUCUCCUUCUCACAUUUCCAAGGGCAGACAUAACCAAUGGUGGACGACACAAACGUCGAUAGAGACGCAUCGAGCAGCCACCCUACCAAGGAAGAGCUAGAAGCAAUGUUUGAAAGCUUCGAAAGUUCCUGCUGUGACGAAGUCAUGUUUCCUGUCUCUCAGUGUAUUUGUGGACAUAUAACAUGCUUCUUGUGUUGUACUAAACUAAGGAACAAAUGCUCUCACAGCAAUUUGCCCAUUGGUAGAAACCGAUCUGGAAAAGUGGAGAGAAUCAUGGAAGGAGACUCUUUCCUGUGCCAAAACACCAAACAUGACUGCACCAUGAAAUUCAAUGAUGACAAAGAACUAUCAGUUCAUGAGAAGGAAUGUUUUUUUGCUCUGUGCUAUUGUCCUGCACCUAACUGCAGUUACAAGGGAGUGUACAAUGAUCUCAAUAGUCACUACUCUGAUAAUCACAAAAACGAACCUACACAGUUCUGGUGUACAAAAUCCAUUUGGGCAUNAUAUAUAUAUAGUUGUUUCUAA